GGCAAUCCUACUGUACCUCUCCGCAUGGCCCCUGAGCCUUGCGUGAGACGCUAAGCCUUUGGCGAAGCCUUAUUGGGUCCUUGGCUCUCUGGACGGCUCGCGAAACAUGCCCAUAAUGCCAACCCUUUAGCGUCAUCUGCAGACUUUUUCCUCUUGGCUAAUUCAACUGUCGGACGCCUAAGAAGUAGAUAAAUCCCGGCGAUCCCAAAAAAAUAGGGCUCCAGAUAUAAUUCCCAGGAAUGACCUUCUCCUCGUCCUGGUGCUUGUCUUGAUUUCCUGCCCCUUCCCCCCUUCUCGCCUGAUAUCCAGAGAUAUAGGAUAGGUACAGUCGAGACACACAAUCAAACAUGUGGACAACCACCUGUGGCUUUCGGGGCCGAAAGCUCCGUUUAGCCAUCACCGUCACCGCCGUCCUCGGUUUUUCACUCUUCGGUUACGAUCAGGGUCUGAUGUCCGGUCUUAUCGCCGGUACUGAGUUUACGAAAGAAUUCCAACCGCUAUACAUCCCCGAAAAUGCCGAACCCUCUUACAAGGCCCAUGUCUCGGUCCUCCAAGGUGCGGUCACGUCUUGCUAUGAAAUCGGUUGUUUCUUUGGUGCCAUUUUCACCAUGAUGUUUGGUGAACGGAUUGGUCGCACACCCUUGCUGGUGGCUGGCGGUAUCAUCAUGGCCGUCGGUGCCAUUAUCUCCACCGUUUCUUUCGGUCCUCACUGGGGUCUUGGCCAAUUCGUUAUCGGACGUGUGGUUUCAGGUCUUGGAAACGGUAUGGAUACUGCUACGAUUCCCGUCUGGCAGUCGGAAUGUUCUAAGGCGCAUAACCGUGGCUUCCUCGUCUGUUUCGAAGGUGCUAUUAUCGCUGUCGGCACGUUCGUCGCCUACUGGAUUGAUUUCGGUCUCUCCUAUGUGGAUUCUUCGGUUCAGUGGCGGUUCCCCGUGGCCUUCCAGAUCCUCUUUGCUGUCUUCGUGACCGUCGGCGCUCUUAUGCUGCCCGAGUCUCCUCGGUGGUUUGUUAUGCGGGGAUAUGACAAGGAGGCUUGCGAGGUGCUUGGUGCUAUUAACGACCUUCCUGCCGAUUCGGAGGAGGUGCUCGCCGAUUUCAACCUCAUGAAGGCUGAUCUUGCUGCUACCCAGGAUAGCAAGGCCAGUUGGAAAACUCUCUUUACCUUUGGCAAGACCCAAGAGUUCCAGCGUAUGAUGAUUGGUUGCUCUGGUCAGUUCUUCCAGCAAUUUACUGGAUGCAACGCUGCUAUCUACUAUUCUACCCUUCUGUUUGAGAACAACCUGCACUUGGAGAAGCGUCUUUCUCUCAUUCUAGGUGGUGUCUUCGCUACUGUCUAUGCUAUCGCUACGAUUCCCUCCUUCUUUAUGAUUGAGAAGGUUGGUCGCCGGAAACUUUUCUUGAUUGGUUUCGCCGGCCAGGGUCUCAGUUUUAUUAUCACCAUGGGCUGCUUGAUUAAGGACACUGAGGAGAAUGCAAAGGGUGCUGCUGUUGGUAUCUUCCUCUUUAUCAUCUUUUUCGCCUUCACGACUCUCCCCUUGCCCUGGAUCUACCCUCCCGAGAUCAACCCGCUCCGUACCCGUACUAUGGCUGCCUCUGCCUCGACUUGCACCAACUGGAUUUGCAACUUUGCCGUCGUUAUGUUUACUCCUGUCUUCUCCUCUGCCAGUCCCUGGGGUAUCUACCUCUUUUUCGCCCUGGUCAACUUUACUGCCAUUCCUUUCGCCUGGUUCUUCUACUGUGAGACCGCUGGCCGUGCUCUGGAGGAAAUUGACAUUAUCUUUGCCAAGGCUCAUGUGGAAGGCAAAUGGCCAUACCAGAUCGCCAACACCCUGCCCAAGCUCAGUCCUCAGGAGAUGUCUCAGAUGGCGACCGAGCUGGGCUUGGAUGUGUCGGAACAGCCUGUCGCAUAUGGAGCUGAGAAGGCCGAGCUUGCCCUCAGCAGUGGCGAGAGCCAGGAAAAGCAGACUGCUAAUUAGAUUCGCUGUUUUAUGCAACCGACGAGAGCCGUGUCCCGGCGGACCGUUUGCUUUUAGGAGUUCCAACCUGGAGACGGAACGCCUGAGGUCGUGGCAUCAUGACCACUCAGCUGGAUAAUCCGCGAGUGGUUUUCAUUGUCUUACUCAUACCCCCAUUGUUUUUAUUAUUUUUAUAUUAUCCAUUCAUAUAUAUUUAUAUAUGUUUGUUUUCAUAAUGUCCAUAGAUUUUCACUAGUGUGAUACCGAUACUCAAAUGGUCAAUUUUCA